AUUCUUUGAAAACAAAUUAAAUUGUGUUUUAUCUCACAGCUGCACGUGACCCUGUUUUGUUUGAAACCCUCUCUCUCUCUAUUUCCCCAACUCCAAGAACUUAGAAGCUAGAAGAGUAGUAGUAGCAUAGCAAAACACUUGUUCUCUUUCCCUCCUUCCUCCACCCCAAAAGCAGAUCCCAUCUAAGUCAAAACAAAAACCCCUCCACCCCUCCCAUUCAUUGAUGAGUCCUCUCUCCCCAAUCCAUGUCUCCAUCCAUCUUCACCAUCAUUCUCCUCUCCUUCCUCCUCUUCUCCACACCUUCCAAGUCUCAAACACCAUCAUGCUCUUCCAAUUUAAACACAAGCACACACACCUGCCCUCCAUUUCCUUCUAAUAAUCCCCCUUACCCAUUCUCAUCUACUCCAGGCUGUGGCCACCCUUCCUUCCACCUAACUUGCUCCACCCCUCACUCCCAAAUCUCCAUCAACAACUUCUCUUUCUCCAUCCUCUCCUAUAACCCCAACACCUCCUCCAUCACUCUCUCCCCUCACCAACAACACCCCAACAACAUUUUCCCUUCCAUCCCCACUCACCCCAUCAACCUCUCUUCCACCCCUUUCCGCAUCUCCGCCGCCACCUGCUCCCGCCUCUCCUUCCUCCGCCCCUGCUUCCCCCCUCCUCCCCUCCCCAACUGCUCCCACUCCCCCUUCCAAUGCCACCUCCUCAAAAACCCCUCCCACCUCCUCCACGACUGCGCUUCCACCCACCACCACUCCUCCUCCGACACCGACCAGUCCUCCGCCUGCCAGACCGACAUCCUCGGCUUCCUCGAAGAGCUCCUCCAGACCGGAAUCCAGCUCGACUGGGACGAAACUCGUGAUCCUUAUUUCACCAACUGCUCCUCCUGCCGUUCAACCAACAACGGCAUCUGCGGCUUCAAUUUUUCCUCCCCAAACUACCCUUUCCAGUGCUUCCAUUUCCACCCCGAAUCCACACUCUCCCCUCCCUGGUUCCGCAAAUUUAAACCCAGCAAAAUCGCCAUCUUCACCACCAUCAUCACCUUAACCUCCCUAAUCCUUAUAAUUUCAGUCACCACCGCCAUGCUCCGCAGAUCAAAAGCUUCAUCAGCAACACAACAAGACCCUAAUACCCUCUUCCUCCACAACCACCGCUCCGCAAGCCUCCUCCCUCCCGCUUUCACCUACGAAGAUUUAGCUCUUUCAACCAACAACUUCGAUUCAAAACGGAUAAUCGGCGACGGCGGGUUCGGCUCCGUCUACCUAGCAAACCUCCGCGACGGGCGGCUCGCCGCGGUGAAGUACCUCCACCGCCACCACGCCGUUUCCGCCGCGUUCUCCACCAAAUCCUUCUGCAACGAGAUUCUCAUCCUCUCUUCCAUCAACCACCCGAACCUCGUGAAGCUUCACGGAUACUGUAGCGACCCGAGGGGGCUUCUUUUAGUCUACGAUUACAUCCCUAACGGAACCCUAGCGGAACACCUGCAUAACCGUAAGGGCUCGCUGACGUGGCAGGUGAGGCUCGACAUCGCGUUGCAAACGGCGUUAGCGAUGGAGUAUCUUCACUUCUCGGUGGUGCCGCCGAUUGUGCACAGGGACAUAACGUCGUCGAAUAUUUUCGUGGAGAGGGAUAUGAGGAUUAAGGUUGGGGAUUUUGGACUUUCGAGGCUUUUGGUGGUGCAGGAUAAUAACACCACGUCGUCUUCGAACGGGUUUGUGUGGACCGGGCCGCAAGGGACGCCGGGCUAUUUGGACCCAGAUUAUCACCGGUCCUUCCGGUUAACCGAGAAGAGUGACGUGUACAGUUUUGGAGUGGUGUUGCUGGAGCUUAUUUCGGGGCUGAGAGCGGUUGAUCAGAAUAGGGACAAGCGCGAAAUGGCGCUUGCGGAUUUGGUUGUUUCGCGGAUCCAGAUGGGGCAGUUACAUCAAGUGCUCGACCCGGUUCUUGACUGCGCCGACGGCGGCGUUGCCGCCGUCGCGGAGCUUGCUUUCCGGUGUGUCGCGGCCGAUAAGGACGACAGGCCGGACGCCAGGGAGGUGGUGGAGGAGCUGAAGCGGGUGCGCAACAGAGCCGUUACGGCGGCGAAGGAGUGAGUUUUUUUAUUUUGUUUUUAAAUUACGGGGCCGAGUGCGCAUGUGGAGUUUGACUGUGGGGGGGGGGUGCACUUGUGUCGGACGGUAACGCUGACUUGACCCCACUGAAGCUACUAUGAUGAGGUUGUUUUUUAUAUUUGAAAUUGUUACUAUACUAUGAUGUUAGUGCCACGUUGGUGUUGCACGCACGAGGGUUUUUUUUUUUGUUUUUUUUUAAUUCUAUCUUCUAUGGUUACGUUACGUAACGUCAAUGGGGGAAGUGUCAGUGACCCCGUACCGGUACGGUGAGUUUUUUAUUAGUACUGCGAGUGGGAGCCUACCUAAAUUGAGCUCACUUAUUGGUUUCACUACUACCUCAUAUAUGUCUCGGUAUAUAUACCAUAUCUUGUAUAAGUUGUAACUCUUUUUGCAAAGUACAUUUUUCCAUUUUCAAUUAUAGGAUAAGUUAUUUACGUU